AUGGUUGCAACAGUUAUUAUAUUGAUUGCAAAAACCGUAUUUUACCAGUUGUUAUACGCAAUUGAUUGCAACAAUUAUUCAUAUGGUUGCAAAAAAUAUGAUAUUGAUUGCAAAAUUACAAAAAUUACAGUUGAAUUAUUCAAUUGA